CAACACUUUGUGAUACUUUUGUUUUUUAAAGUAAAACAAAGUCCUCUUUUUAUUACUAUUUUUUCUGUUACUUUUCGUGUGUUUGUGUUGUGUGGUGUCAUUGUGCGUCUAUUGCUUUUGGACUCUUCCCAUUACAAUUUCAUCAUCCAUUAAACCUGUCCCUUUUCUCUCUUCUCUUAUCCCUCACUGCUUCCAUGUCGGCCAUCAUCUCUUCCUCCCUUUCAAUUCAAUCAUCCUCGUGAUUCUUUCUCUCUUCUAAAUUCUCCUCUUUUUUUUAACAAGAUCUCUACUUUUUUACCUGGAUCUUAGACUAUGUUGUUUUGGUUCAUGUUCCUGUAAUGAUUCAGUUGAAGCUUGAACACAGAAAAAAAUUUGGUGGGCAUGAACAAUUUCCAUGAAAUUUCUAAUUUUGAUGAACAUGGCAGAAACCCUUUGACAUUUCAAGGUUCUCUACACAUUAGGAUUUUCUUGGUGUCAAAGUUUUGGAGAUAAUUGACAUCAAAAUAGAAAAAAAAUUGAACUUUAUGAAAUCUGAAUUAGUCUGUUGUCAGCAAAACUGAAGAUUUAAGAGAAGGAAGCAGUGAGCAACUGUGAUCAUACAUGACUUUUCAGAAAUUUUGCAGUGAAAGUUUUGUGAAGAUGAAUACAUUCAUGGAUUCAAGAGAUGAUAAGUCAGCAAAAAGAGAUGAAAGGUGUUUAGAUCCUCAGCUAUGGCAUGCUUGUGCAGGUGGAAUGGUUCAGAUGCCGGCGGUGAACAGUAAAGUGUAUUACUUUCCUCAAGGUCAUGCUGAACAUGCAUGUGGAAGUGUUAACUUCAUGAAUUGUCCAAAGGUGGAGCCUUUGAUUCCAUGCAGAGUUUUUGAGGUUAAGUUUAUGGCUGAUCCUGAGACUGAUGAGGUUUAUGCUAAGCUUAAGCUUGUUCCUUUGAGUGGAAAUGGAAAUGAUGGUGUAGAUUGUGACAAUGAUGUUGUUGGUGUUGAGAAUCAAGAUAAGCCGGCUUCGUUUGCGAAGACAUUGACGCAAUCUGAUGCGAAUAAUGGUGGAGGUUUUUCGGUUCCUAGGUAUUGUGCGGAGACGAUUUUUCCGCGGUUGGAUUACGCGGCGGAUCCUCCUCUUCAGAAUAUUUUGGCUAAGGAUGUUCACGGCGAGACGUGGAAGUUUAGGCAUAUUUAUAGGGGGACGCCGAGGAGGCAUCUUUUGACUACCGGUUGGAGUACUUUUGUUAAUCAUAAGAAGCUUCUUGCUGGUGAUUCGAUUGUGUUUUUGAGGGCGGAGAAUGGUGAUCUUUGUGUUGGGAUUCGACGGGCGAAGAAGGGGAUUGGUGGUGGACAUGAGGAUCCGUCAGGGUGGAAUCCGGUUGGAGAAAAGUUUCCUCUACCUUGGUUCGCGCAGAACGAGAAUCAAAUGAUGAGAAACUUUAACAAUAACAAUAACAACAACAAUGGUUUGAACUCGAGCGCGAAUGUGACGGGGAGGGAAAGAGUUAGGCCAGAAGUGGUCCUUGAAGCGGUAACUUUAGCUGCAAAUAAGCAACCGUUUGAGGUUGUUUACUAUCCUCGUGCAAGUACACCGGAGUUUUGUGUUAAGGCGCAUUUGGUAGAGGCGGCAAUGCAGAUUCGAUGGUGUUCUGGAAUAAGAUUCAAGAUGCCAUUUGAAACCGAGGAUUCGUCUCGAAUAAGUUGGUUUAUGGGAAUCGUAUCUGGAGUUCAGUUUGUUGAUCCCCUUCUCUGGCCUAAUUCACCUUGGAGACUUCUUCAGGUUAAAUGGGAUGAACCGGAUUUACUGCAAAAUGUGAGAAGGGUGAGUCCAUGGUUGGUUGAGUUAGUAGCAAACAUUCCAUCAAUAAACCUUUCGCCUUUCUCACAACCAAGAAAGAAAUUGAGAAUGACGCCAAACUCAGAUUUCCCCCUCGACGGCCAAAUUCCGGUGCCAACUUUUCCUAGUAACCUUCUAGGUACGAGCAACCUAUUUCGUUGUCUACCCGAAAAUACUCCUGCUGGCAUGCAGGGAGCCAGGCAUGCUCAUUACGGUCUUCCAAUAUCGGAUCUCCACCUCAGUAAAGUUCAGUCAGGUCUAUUUCCGGCCGGUUUCGUGCCUUUUGAUCAUGCUGCUAAACUACCACCUAAUGUCUCUAAUAACCUAAUGAUGCAAAAAUCUAGCAUGAGUGAGAAUGUCUCUUGCUUACUAUCUAUGGCAAGUUCUACUCAGCCUUCGAGGAAAUUCGAUGACGAGAAGAAACCUCAGCUCGUGCUUUUCGGCCAAAAAAUUCUAACCGAGCAACAGAUCUCUAACGACCGUUCAUCAGACGGAAAUGCCGAUAAAAUGAGUAAUUUUUCUGAUGGUUCGGGAACUCCUCUUCAUCAACAAGGCUUGCGAAAACGUUCUUGUGAAACCGAGGCGAGUUUGGAGAGUACUGAUCACUGUAAAGUUUUUCUCGAAUCAGAAGAUGUCGGUCGAACAAUUGAUCUAUCUUUACUUGAAUCUUAUGAUGAACUGUACAGAAAACUCGCAGACAUGUUUGGCAUCGAAAAAUACGAAAAGGUAAGCCGCGUGCUCUACACCGAUAUAUCAGGAGCAGUCAAACACAUUGGAGAUGAACCAUUCAGCAACUUCACAAGAACAGCAAGGAGAUUGACAAUUCUAAUGGACUCAAACAAAUAAACAUUCAUUCAAUUUGUACAGCUGGUUUAUGAAAUCUUCAUUGACAAACAGAAGAAGGAAGAGUGAUCUAAUUUUUGAGUUUGGAUUUUGAAAUUUUCAUUGUAGUGAUCAUCAUAACUCCAAGAGAAUUUCCUUCUCUCUUUUUGUUUGUUUUAUUUUUAAUUGAGUGUUUUGUAGGUGGAAGAGGGAAAAUUUGAUUGGUUUUUUUUAUGUAGUGAGAAAAAAAAAACAGUAUUCAACUUGAAUACCUAAUUGAAGCAUUCACCUUAUUUAUCUUCUUGUUGAUACCUUGUACAUAUAAUUUACUAGCAUUUAUAGUUUAAUCAAUUUUGAAUUAUGUGCAAUUCUAAGGCCGAAAAUGUAAGUAAC